CUCUUUGCAGUAAUGGCCCUUGGGAACACUUGGGUUGGAUUUUACACCGCUCUGCUCUUCUGCCUUUGGGAACUCUUGUUCACAGACGGACUCAGCCUGGAACCCAUCUACUGGAAUACUUCGAACAAAAAGUUCCAGAACGAGGGGGGCUACGUCUUGUACCCCCAGAUCGGCGACCGCUUGGACCUCAUCUGCCCCCGCUCGGUGCCUCUCGGCCCCUUCUCUACUGAGGACUACGAAUACUACAAGCUGUACCUGGUGCAGACCGAGCAGGCAGAGCGCUGCGAGAUCCUGCGCGCCCCCAACCUGCUGCUGACCUGUGACCGUCCCGAGCAGGACAUGCGCUUCACCAUUAAAUUCCAGGAGUAUAGUCCCAACCUUUGGGGCCACGAGUUCAAGUCCAACCAGGACUAUUACAUCAUCACAACCUCAGACGGUACCAAGGAAGGGCUCGAGAACUUGAAGGGCGGGGCCUGCCUUUCCAAAGGCAUGAAAGUUGUGCUGAAGGUUGGGCAGCAUCCCAACACUGGCUCCAAAUCCCAGAAGUCCAUGCCAGCCACGCCUGCUGAGAAGGAGCGAGGGAUGCCGGGUGCUGCUGAGCCCAACAAGGAAAUGAUCCCAGGACCCCCCUCUGGAAACACCACUGGGAAGGUGGGUGGCGAGAACGGCCCUUUGCCACAGUCCAACGUGCCCAUCAUUGCGGGCGCUGCUGGGGGAGCUGCCUUUGUCCUGCUGGUGGCUGCAGCCGUGACGGGGGCCCUGUGUUACCGCCACCACCGGGCAAAGCACAGUGAGUCUCACCACCCCCCGUUGUCACUUAGUACCCUGACCAGCCCCAAGCGGGCAGGCGGGGGUGGUGGCGCCAACAACAAUGGCUCGGAGCCCAGCGACAUCAUCAUCCCCCUCAGGACUUCAGACAGUGCAUUCUGCCCCCACUACGAGAAGGUGAGCGGCGACUACGGGCACCCCGUCUACAUCGUGCAGGAGAUGCCCCCGCAGAGCCCGGCCAACAUCUACUACAAAGUAUGAGGCGAGGGGCGGCUCCGCUGAGCUCCCGCAGGACCUCCGCGGUGGGCAGGCAAGGACUUGGAGCAGACGGGGCACCGUGGGACAUU